AUGUCUGAUCGCCGGGAUCUGUCAGCGUUAAGGGCGAAUGCAAUUGCGAUGAACUGGAGUGAGUUUGAGGUGAGCACUCUGCUGUCUUCUCUGGCGACGGCAGGCAGUGAGCAGUGGGAGAUCGGCCGCGGUACUUACGCAGAGGCUGUUCGGAAGACGGAGAGCUUUGGGAGUCGUUCGGUGUUGGAGUUGAAGGCGAAGGCGAAAGAGUUGAAGUGCGAGUAUCUGGAUCGCGGAGUGGAAGUGCCAGCGGAGCUGGGGUGGGUGAAGGUCUUGUGGCCCAGACAAGGGUACCGGGGUGCAUUGCGUGUUCUCGGCGGCGGAGAGGAUGGGGAGGGCAGUAUAGCGGGUGAGGAGGAGGCGGAGGCGUCGUCGGACGACGGAGAAGGCGAGGAGUGGGAGGUGGCGGGUGGGUGGGAGGGGCGGGGGGUGAACGUGGCGUUGCCUGUUCCCGCUGCCGGUGCUCGUCUGGUGGAGGAUUCUCGUGGCGUACGUGUCCGUCGCGAUUAG